AUGAGGCCAUCACUCUUGGUCCUUGCGGCCAUUGGCGCUCAGGCCUGCCAGCGUGAACGUGCUUUCCACCAUCAUUCCCACCCGCAUGUCAAACGACAGGCGUCCUUUCCCCCCACCCUGACCCCACAUGAGGAGAUCUUGCUCAAUUCUUUCGACGCCCUCUCUAUAUCUGAAUGGUCAUACUACUAUACUCAUGGAGCCCACUUGGCUGGCCAGAACAAGACCAUGGCACAAUGGACGGCAGAUAGGUGGUCCGACUAUGGUUUCACUUCACGCUUGGACGAAUAUUACGUGUUCUUGAACUAUCCCGUGUCAAACUCCUUGAAGCUCACUUAUAAUAAUGGGAGUACGUACACUCCUAGUCUAAAAGAGGCUGUACUUGAAGAGGACCCGACCACCAGCUACCCAAACAGCGUGCCUGUAUUCCACGGCUACUCUUUUACCGGUAAUGCGUCUGCAGAAUAUAUCUACGUUGGUAGAGGUCAGCAAGUCGACUUUGAUCGUUUGAUUGAACUUGGUGUCGAACUCGAGGGCAAGAUUGCAUUGGCCAAGUAUGGUGGGCCUUUUCGAGGUCUCAAGGUCAAGAAUGCCCAAGACCACGGCAUGAUUGGAGCCGUCAUUUUCACAGAUCCUGGUGACGAUGGCAACAUGACUGAGGCAAAAGGCGUCGCUCCUUAUCCACAUGGCGGUGCUAGAAACCCUACCACCGUCCAGCGUGGAUCAGUUCAAUUUUUGAGUACAUACCCAGGAGAUCCAACCACGCCUGGCUACGUCUCCAAGCCAGACUCGCCACGCUCUGAUCGUAGAAACAUUCUGCCCCAAAUUCCCAGUCUACCCAUCUCCUGGAUUGAGGCCCAGCCUCUGCUACUAGCUCUCAACGGACACGGCUCAAAUGGUACUGAAGUUAACAGGACGCGCUGGAUUGGUGCUAUUCCAGGCGUGGAAUACUACACCGGUGAGGGAUCGGGUGCUACGCUUUCCAUGUCCAAUGUUAUGAAUGACACAUACGGUACAAUUUGGGAUGUUGUCGGUAUCAUCAAUGGAACCAAUGAAGACGAAGUCGUCAUUGUUGGAAACCACAGAGAUGCCUGGAUUGUUGGCGGGGCGGCUGACCCCAACUCUGGAUCCGCUGUGCUUGUCGAACUAGCCAAGGCAUUUGGCGCACUCUCAAAGACUGGAUGGAAGCCGUUACGCACCAUCGUACUCUGCAGUUGGGAUGCCGAAGAGUAUGGUCUUGUUGGAAGCACCGAAUGGAUGGAAGAAUAUCUUCCAUGGCUCAAGAACGCCGCAGUCUCCUACCUAAAUAUCGACGUAGCAGUUUCCGGCCCGAUCCCCGAUGUUGCGGCAACUCCUGACCUCCAUGCCAUUGCUACUUCGUUGAUGAAAAAGGUUGUAUAUCCAUACCGCAACGAGACCAGUCUCACCAUGUACGACGUGUGGACGCACGAGUCCGGCGAAGUUGGCGUCCUCGGCAGCGGGAGUGAUUACACUGCCUUCCUCCACCGUGGUAUUGCAUCCAUCGACAUGGGAGCUGGCCCUGGACCAAAUGACCCCGUCUACCCUUACCAUUCCAACUAUGACUCUUAUCACUGGAUGGCAACCUUUGGUGACCCAGGUUUUACUACACACAAGGCCAUGGGCCAGUUCCUCGCCCUUCUACUUUACCAUAUGGUCUCCGAUCCCGUGGUGCCUCUGGAGCCAGCCGACUACGUCUCUGAGCUCAACACCUACCUCGAUUCUCUGAAGGAGGAUAUCAGUGCCAGUAACUUCACCAUUGACCUUAACAAUCUGACGAGUGCCAUUUCAGCGUUUGAGAGUUCGGCCAAGGAAUUCGUCCUUCUUCGGGAUCAAGCGGUUGCUGCCAAUGACAGCGCGCUUAUCACCGUGCAGAAUCACAAAGCUCGAGAUUUCUCUCGUGGGUUCACUAGCCAGGGUGGCUUGCCCACCCGUGAGUUCUAUCAACACACUAUCUUCGCUCCCGGUCGAGAUACGGGAUAUGCUCCCGUGACGUUUCCUGGUAUCACAGAGAGUAUCACCUUUGAUCAAGACGCCAACCUAGCGCAGGAGUGGGUUCAAAAGACUAGUGACGCAAUCUUGCUUGCUGCCAGUAUUCUAAAAACAUAG